ACUGGGAAUCUGCAAUUCGAGUCGGUGUGCUGGACUGUGGGGAAGAAGAGAACUAUGAGACGUGCAAGGAAUAUGGUAUCCACUACUACCCAACGUUCAGGUACUUCAAAGCAUUUACAAAGCAGUUUACUACUGGAGAAAAUUACAAAGGAGCAGAUCGAGAGCUGCAAACAGUUCGUCAGAUGAUGAUUGACUUCUUACAGAACCACUCCCAGGAGCUGAGGCCACCUGCUUGCCCCUCCUUGGAUCCAGUUUCGUGGAGUGAUGUUUCUUCUCUCCUUGGCAAGAGGAGCCAUGGUUACACUGCUGUUGUGUUUGAGAGCAAUAACUCCUAUGUGGGCCGAGAGGUUAUCUUAGACUUGAUCCAGUAUGAAAACAUUGUUGUAAAGAGAGCAUUGAAUUCUGAUAAACUUUUUCUUGAGAAACUUGGUAUUACCUCAGUCCCUUCGUGCUAUCUGAUGUAUCCAAAUGGGUCCCAUGGAUUAGUUAACAUUUUGAAGCCUCUACGGUCUUUCUUUUCUUCGUAUUUAAAGUCCCUGCCAGGUGUAAGAAAAAAACUUCUUUUGCCACUCCAGCUUCCUGCUCAAGAAAACAAAGAGGAGAGUACAGAAAUCAAGGUGUGGAAAGAGUUUGAUAAAUCUAAGCUGUACAUGGCUGACCUUGAGUCAGGAUUGCAUUACCUGCUCAGGGUAGAGCUCGCCACGCACAAGACUCUGGAGGGAGCUGAGCUGAAGACCUUCAAGGAUUUUGUGACCAUCUCUGCCAAGCUUUUUCCUGGCCGUCAGCCUGUGGUAAAGUUGUUAGAGACCUUGCAAGAGUGGCUGGUGAGCCUUCCAUUAGACAAAAUCCCUUAUGAUGCUAUCCUAGAUCUGGUCAACAACAAAAUGCGGAUUUCUGGGAUAUUUCUCACUAAGAAAGUCCAGUGGGUUGGAUGCCAGGGCAGCAGACCAGAGCUGAGAGGUUAUACCUGCUCCCUUUGGAAGCUGUUUCAUACCCUGACAGUUCAAGCUGCACUGCGACCAAAAGCUCUGCUAAAUACAGGUCUUGAAGAUGAUCCCCAAGUUGUACUUCAGAUCAUGCGGAGAUACAUUCAGCACUUUUUUGGAUGCAAGGCUUGUGCUCAGCAUUUUGAAGAGAUGGCUAAAGAGUCCAUGGAUUCUGUGAAAACCUUAGACAAGGCUGUUCUCUGGCUGUGGGAGAAGCACAACGUGGUGAAUAACAGGCUUGCAGGUGAUCUGACUGAAGAUCCAAAAUUUCCCAAAGUCCAGUGGCCAACUCCAGACAUUUGUCCUUCAUGUCAUGAAGAAAUUAAAGGAUUGCACAGCUGGAACGAAGCCGAAGUUCUGCAGUUCAUGAAGCAUCACUAUGGCAGUGAAAAUAUCCUGUAUAAAUACACUGAGAGCCAGACAGACUCCACUGAAACCCAACAGGGAGAUGCAAGGGAGGUGCAAGACAAAAGCCUGUUGAAGAAACCAAGUGGAAACAGUGAGAAUAAGAUCCAGGAUAAAGGAAAACCCCUGGAUUCAGGAUCUAAAGUGUUAGAUAAGCUAAUAGCAAAUCGUGGAGCUGUCAGAGAGAGCGGUAACAGCGCAGCUGGAUCAGCUAACCUCCAAGAGACAAAGCAGGCCCUGUCCUUCCUAGGGAUUGGCUUUUCCAACCUAGACAUGAGUCUCUGUGUCAUCCUGUACGUAGCAUCCUCCUUGUUUUUGAUGAUCAUGUACUUUUUUUUCCGAAUGAGAUCGAAAUGGUGGAAGGUGAAAUAUUAUCGCUCCUCUGUCUAG